GCAUUCCUCAACGCGGAACCUGACUGUAAACAUCUGAGUUUCCAGAUUAAAACUUCUAAAAAUGCAGCUUCACUUCAUUAAAGAUGUACCGGACUCUGUCGGCACCGACUUUCAAAAUCUGAACAAGUUCAAUGACCAGCAAUUUCACAGUCUUAUUGAAAUUCUGUUCCAGUUCCUCCUGGAGCCUAAAGAGACGGAGAGAUUCAUGCAGCAGCUCACUGAGUUUGCAGGCGAGCACGGGAUGAGUGCCGGGCCCCUGAGAAACCUGAUGAAGAGUGUCCUCCUGGUGCCACAGGGAGCCCUGAAGAAAAAUCUGACAGCUGAGCAGAUCAAAGAAGACCUCGUGGCAUUAGGUCUGAAUGAAGACAGAGCAGCUCACUUUUCACAGCAGUGGGGGGAGCACUCUGUGGUUCUGUCCAGACGUGCUCUUGGCCAGACUCUGAUGGUCAACCAGCUGGUCGACAUGGAGUGGAAGUUUGGAGUGACUGUUGGCACCAGUGAAAUCCACAAAGUGGGGAACAUCUUUCUGCAGCUGAAACUGGUGGUCCGAAAGGGCAAUUCCACUGAAAACGUCUACAUGGAACUGACGCUGCCUCAGUUUUACAACUUCCUGCACGAGAUGGAGAGAGCGAAGGCCAGCUUGGAGUGUUUUAGCUGAUUUUGCACGUGUUUUUGUGUGUGUUUGCGUGUGAGUGAGUGAGACAUCCUGUCGGGCUCUAGCUCCAGGGAGCCGUGUUGUGCUCUGUGCGUUAACUCAUUUGAUGUGUUUGUGCAUCCUCCACAGUGACGGAAGAUAAACAAACGGACCAAAACAAAAACUGUCAGAGCUGAAUGUACCGUUGUAUAAGCAUUGUUUUUUUUUCUCUGUACAUAUUUGUGUGAAUAAAAAAGUAAA